GCUUUAUGUUUCGUUUAUGAGAGAAUUAUGGGGAGAGAAUGAAAGAAAUUUUGGGUUGUUUUGUUUAGAUCUUAACCCAGUUUAACAGAAUCAGAGUAGCCAAAAAUUAAUGUCGUGAGGUAUCGGAGCAUGAUUUUCCAGUAUCUUUUAACCAAAGCCCGAUCCUGCAUCGGGCCUAUUUUCUAGGGUUCUUCGGCGGCCAAACCGAUCGAUGGUAGUUGUACAUGAAGCUUUGAAUUCAGGUCCAUACCCUUUGGUAGUGAGCACAUGGCCCUUCUUAGAUGCUGUUAGAGCUGCUUGGAGAACUGUUGAUAGUGGGUUUUCAGCUGUUGACGCUGUUGUGGAGGGUUGCUCCGCCUGCGAGGAACUGCAAUGUGAUGGAACAGUUGGGCCUGGUGGAAGUCCAAAUGAGAAUGGAGAAACUACGAUUGAUGCUCUGGUCAUGGAUGGGGUGACAAUGGAGGUUGGAGCUGUUGCUGCUAUGAGUUACGUGAAGGAUGGCAUCAGAGCUGCUAGAUUAGUAAUGCAGCAUACUAAACACACUUUGCUUGUUGGAGAGCAAGCCUCUGCAUUUGCUUUAUCAAUGGGUCUCCCAGGACCCACAAACCUUAGUUCAUCCGAGUCUUUGGCGAAGUGGAGUAAAUGGAAAGAAAAUCGCUGCCAACCUAAUUUUAGGCAAAAUGUUGUACCUAUCAAUAGUUGUGGCCCAUAUCAUCCAAGGGAUUCUCUUGACCUAACUAAAGAGGCAUGUUCCAGAGCCAAGCUUUUGGAAACUAGUGAAUCAAGAUCAUCCCUCGUUGGUCUUCACAACCAUGACACUAUAGCAAUGGCUGUCAUUGACAGAAUGGGGCACCUUGCCGUUGGUACAUCAACUAAUGGAGCAACAUAUAAGAUCCCUGGCAGGGUAGGUGAUGGACCCAUUGCAGGAUCUUCAGCAUAUGCCGAUGACGAAAUUGGUGCAUGUGGGGCAACUGGAGAUGGUGACAUUAUGAUGCGCUUCCUUCCAUGUUAUCAAGUAGUGGAGAGUAUGAGAUUAGGAAUGGAACCCAAGCUUGCUGCAAAGGAUGCAAUAUCAAGAAUAGCAAAAAAAUUUCCUGAUUUUGUGGGAGCUGUUUUUGCGAUUAAUAAGAAUGGGAAGCAUGCUGGUGCUUGCCAUGGAUGGACAUUUCAAUACUCGGUGAGAAGCCAAGAAAUGGAUGAUGUGGAAGUGUUCACUGUGCUACCCUAAAUUAGUUAACUCUCUUAACUCGGCAGGGAAGCUUUGAUACGUAAUGUGUAUUAUUAAUGAGAUGGUCUUUCCAUAAUUCCAUUUUAUUCCUACAAUGUAAGUGACAUGGAAUUAUUGUACUUUCAUGAUAUUGAUAUGGCCAAUCUUCAGCAGAAAAUUUAUUUA